UGAUGCCAAGCACUCGCACGCAGUUUUGGUUUGGGCGGAACAUUCGUCCUGACGACUUUGACGACACAGCCAGCCUACUAACCACCACAGCACCUGUUCUUUCACUCGACCGCGAAUAUGGCUGUCGGCAAGAACAAGAGACUGUCCAAGGGCAAGAAGGGCCUGAAGAAGCGUACCGACCCAUUCGCCCGCAAGGACUGGUUCAGCGUCAAGGCUCCGUCGACGUUCAACAUUCGCGAUGUCGGCAAGACCCUCGUGAACCGCUCCACUGGUCUCAAGAACGCCAACGAUGCGCUCAAGGGCCGUAUCUUCGAGGUCUCGCUCGCCGAUCUCCAGAAGGAUGAGGACCACGCUUUCCGCAAGGUUAAGCUGCGCGUCGACGAGGUCCAGGGCAAGAACUGCCUGACCAACUUCCACGGACUUGACUUCACUUCCGACAAGCUGCGCUCGCUCGUCCGCAAGUGGCAGACCCUCAUCGAGGCCAACGUUGUCGUCAAGACCACCGAUGACUACCUCCUCCGCCUCUUCUGCAUUGCCUUCACCAAGCGGAGACCAAACCAGAUCAAGAAGACCACCUACGCACGAUCUUCGCAAAUCCGCGCCAUCAGGAAGAAGAUGACGGAUAUCAUGCAGCGCGAGGCCCAGAGCUGCACUCUCAGCCAGCUCACCACCAAGCUGAUCCCAGAAGUGAUCGGCCGUGAGAUCGAGAAGAGCACUCAGGGCAUCUACCCUCUCCAGAACGUCCACGUCCGCAAGGUCAAGCUCCUCAAGUCGCCUAAGUUCGAUCUUGGUAACCUCCUCUCGCUCCACGGCGAGUCCUCCACCGAUGACGCUGGCCAGAAGGUCGAGGGUGCACGCGACUUCAAGGAGACGGUCUUGGAGUCUGUUUAAAGAGGUUAAAUGGGGCAUAUGAUGCUUUACGGUAACACAUGGGCAUUGGGCAGUGUGGCGACUUCACUUGUUUGCGAGUAGAACGGCGUUUGAGAGCAAGAGGGCCAUGGAGAUGAAAGAUGCAUGGGACAUCUAUACCAGCGCCACGUUAGGUCCUUACGCAAAAUCAGUGAAACGUUCAAAAUGUUCAAUGCCGAUGACCCUUGUUCUCUUUUCUUUCUGUAAAGCGUCGUGACUGAGGACUGUGCCUACA